AUGGAACCGCACAACCACGGUGGCGCCGAGUUCCUGUCCUCCUCGCCCAACUGGUCUUCGAUGGCUUCCCCAAAAUGGGGAUUCCUGUCAUCCGCAGCCGCGGCCAGCCUGCGAUCGCCCUGGGGCGACGCUGGGCUCGGCACAGGCGGCGACAACGAUGGUGAGGGCGAGUAUGGGGAUGAGGCGCGACGAGGAUGGGGAGAUGGAACUAUAGAACGAGAGGGAAGCUUCAAUGGCGCACCGAGAUUAAAGGCGGAGGAAUUCGAGCGACGAUGGGUGCCCCCAGCAGUGACAUCGCUCCUACAGGCGCUGGGCGGACCCGCAGCCCCAUCCCGAACAGAAGCGCUCGAACAGCUGCGCCAGCUCCUCCUGCGCACGACGAGGGAACACGCACGGCAAGCGACGCAGCCGCACCUCGCCACCUUCACCAUCCUCGCCAACGAAUCGCCAUUUGGCGAAAUCAGGAAAGAUUUCACUCAAUUUCUCUCAUUUCUGGACCAGGAGCUGGGGCUGAAGCCGCCCGCGUCACAGAACCGCAUCUCCUACUUCGUGUCCAACAUCGACAUCACGCCCCUCGAGCCCGAAGAUCCGCACACGCGACGCCUCUUCUGUAACAUAUUCAUGCAAACGGGCAAACUCACGCGUCUGGUGCGCAUCCUGGGCUGGCACUCAACCUACUUGGACAGGUAUUUCCAGACGAUGAGCCUGGUGAUGCGGGCGAGCGGGCCGCUGCCGCUGCACAUGCGGAACUACAUCGCGAUCGUGGCGGCGAGCCAGUACCGGUGCCCGUACCUGGUGGCCCAGCAGGAGCAGGAGUUCCUCAACAACGGCGGCGAGGCCACGUGGCUCAAGGGCAUCGACCACGUGCCCAAGAAGAUCUCCCACCUGCUCGAGAUCAACGCCAUCCUCGCCCACGAGCCGUGGAAGAUCACCCGCGACCACAUCGCCGUCGUCGUCAAGGGCACCGACGCCUGGUCCAUCGGCGAACUGGUCCACGGCCUCGUCAUCAUGGCCACCUUCCGCUCCCUCGCCGGCAUCGUCUUUGGCUGCGGCAUCGCGCCCGAGGCCGACCUGGCCCUGCCCGACGUCGACCCCACCACCACCCACGACCACGGCGCCGGCGCCGGCUUCUUCGCCGCCUCGGCCGCGGCCACGACUGGCGGCGACUAUGCGAGGUCGCCGCGGUCGCGCCGGCCGACGACGGGCGUGGCGGUCAACCCGAUGCACGAGACCGUCAAGAUCCUGCAGGCGCUCAAGGAGGCCUCGCCGUCGCCCGAGCCCGAGCCGCCGCUCCACACCAAGCGCAUCGUCUUUGAGAACGCCGGCAGCGAGGACCCGCUCGGCAGCGACGACGACGACGACGACGACAAUGACGACGACGAGGGCCUCGCCGAUGUCGGCGGCGGCGGCGGCGGCAGUGGCGGUGGUGGUGGUGGCAGCGGCAGUGGAAUUCGAGCAACGCGCGCGGGGAAGCUGAGCCGCUACAUCGGACCCUACAGGCGCACGCACGCCGACUUUGACGUGCACGCGCGGGACUAUAGCGUGUUCCGGGUGCAGGACUACAGCUGGAAGGAGCACGGCUACGCGCUCGUGUCGCGGUUCUACGAGGACGCGGCGCCGCUGCUCGAUGACCAGUUCGACCACAUCUACUACAUGACCUACCACACCAUCUCCUCGCACACCGACGUCGACACUGCGCCCUUCCGCGAGUCCAUCUGGUACUACGUCCACCGGAUACACGGCCUCCUCCACGAAGACUACGACUACCGCAACGUGAACACGUACAUGAACCGAGCGAUAAAGCACUUUGUGAAGAAGGUGGCGUGCUUCCCGGACCGCAUCAUCAGGAACGACUUUGAGAACAUCGGGGUGGACCUGCGCCCCGAGGAGAAAUGCCACGUCGCCCUCCUCGCCGCAGAAGCGCGCAAGCAGGCCGAACUCCUCUACGGCCUCCACGUCGUCAUGCAGUACAUGACCUGA